CUCACGAGAAAGGCCAGUGUUGCUGCACUGUGUUCCACGUUAUUUGAAGAGGUCGUGUGAAAACCUGGACAAAAUGGCGCAGUUUGGAUUUGAGAACGACAUCCACAGUAUCUUAAAGUUGGAUAUGCCCAUCAUCAAUGCACCUAUGGCGAGGUGGCAGAGAAAGGCCAGCUCGACGAACACAUCCGGGUUGUCGCCUGGCAAAUCUGCCAAUGUGUCGCUGAGUUCAUCAAAAACGCCCAACAAAACACCAGGGAAAAAUAAAAAACUAACACCCUCAAAGAUGGGGGGCGACCGCUUCAUUCCCAUCAGAAACACCAAACAAAUGGAUGUGGCAAGUUUCCUGCUCACAAAAGAGAAUGAGGCUGUGGACACAAACAAGACAGCAGGAACAGCAGAAAACCAGAAAGCCUGGUCUAUGUCACUAAAUGGAUACAACAUUGAAGAUGCAAAGAUCCUGCACCUUGGCGGAAAGCCACUGAAUGCUCCAGAAGGAUAUCAAAACAACUUGAAAGUCCUCUACAGUCAGGCUACAACUCCUGCCUCUAUCAAAAAGACAAGAUACAUAUCUUCAGCUCCUGACAGAAUCUUGGAUGCUCCUGAGCUUCGAAAUGAUUUUUAUUUGAAUCUGCUUGACUGGAGCAGUCGAAAUGUUAUCGCUGUGGCGCUUCAUAACAGCGUUUACCUGUGGGAUGCCAGCCAAGGAGACAUCACUCUUCUCAUGAAGUUAGAGCGUGAGGAAGACUACAUCUGCUCGCUGUCCUGGACCAAAGAGGGAAGCUACCUAGCUAUCGGCACCAGUGACUGCAAAGUUCAGUUGUGGGAUGUUGAAAUGCAGAAGCGUUUGCGCAGCAUGGCCAGCCAUACAGCUCGAGUUGGUAGCCUGAGCUGGAAUGACCAUGUUCUUUCCAGGUACAGUUGCUUCGUUAUCUCUGAUACAAAACACAAAAACUUAAACUUAAGUUUUACUACACUUAAUUCCAACAGAGUGUGUGUGGUAGAUUCACAUAAUAUUUCUCUCCCUCAUAGUGGUUCACGAUCAGGACAUAUCCACCAUCAUGAUGUGAGGGUGGCAGACCAUCACAUCGCCACGCUCAGUGGUCAUUCACAGGAGGUGUGUGGGCUGCAGUGGUCCCCCGAUGGGCGAUACCUGGCCAGUGGAGGCAACGACAACUUGGUGUGUGUAUGGCCCCGUGUGCAGGAGGGCAGCGCCAGCAACAGUAGCCAGGUGGUCCGCUGCUGGAGUGAACAUCAAGGAGCUGUCAAGGCUUUGGCCUGGUGUCCAUGGCAGACAAAUAUCCUUGCAUCUGGAGGUGGCACCAGUGACCGUCACAUUCGCAUCUGGAAUGUAAACAGCGGCUCUUGCAUCAGUUCUCUUGACACUCAGUCCCAGAUCUCGUCACUGGUGUUUGCACCUAACUACAAGGAGCUGGUCUCUGGCCAUGGAUAUGCCCACAACAAUGUCACUAUCUGGAUGUACCCCUCUCUCACCAAGGUCUCAGAGCUCAACGGCCACGAGGACAGAGUUCUCAGUCUCAUUCUGAGCCCAGACUGCUCUACCAUUGCGACUGUUGCUGGAGAUGAGACUAUUCGUCUGUGGAACAGCUUUGAACUGGAUCCUGUUAAGAAGAAGGCCAAAGAAAGGAUGGCUAAACCAACCAGCAGUGUCAUUCAUCAGUCAAUCAGAUAAUUUGUCUUGAGUUUAUUUUUUUUUUUAGGUUGUUUUUAAUCAAUGCUGAAAUGCAUUAUUUGUAUUUGAAAUGACCUGUGUUCUAUUGAAUUUACAAUAAAGAUUUACACUCAGUGGUUUAGCCUUAUCUGGCAAAUGUACUUCUCCAAUUGGUGUAAUGGGUUGUUGAAAUGUUUAUACAGGUCCAAUGUGGUAAAUUACAAGUGUUGAGUGUUCGCUUUUAAGCAUUUUUUUUUAAAAGUGUAUUUAUGACCAUACUUGGCUUUUAUUCUAUAAUCAGGCUACAUUGUAUACAUUAUACAGUGAAUAAAUGGUUUAUUUACUA